ACCAUCUGGAGAGGUUCGUUUGAUAUCCAAAAACUGCUCAGCAACAGUCGGACAAGUGGGUAAUGUCGGGGCGAACCAGAAAAGUUUGGGUAGAGCCGGAUCUAAAUGUUGGCUAGGUAAGCGUCCUGUAGUAAGAGGAGUAGUUAUGAACCCUGUAGACCAUCCCCAUGGAGGUGGUGAAGGGAGGGCCCCGAUUGGUAGAAAAAAACCCACAACUCCUUGGGGUUAUCCCGCGCUUGGAAGAAGGAGUAGGAAAAGGAAUAAAUAUAGUGAUAUUUUUAUUCUUCGUCGCCGUAAAUAGAAAGAGAAAGAAAAAAUAAUGAAUGAUGUAAAAUUAAAUCAAAUUGGUUUUUUCGUCUUCACAAAAUGAAAAAAUGAAAAGAAGGGGGAGUAAUCACUUGUGGCCCGUUCAUCUAAAAAAAAUCCUUUUGUGGCUAAUCACUUAUUAAGUAAAAUUGAGAAGCUCAACAAGGCAGAGGAAAGAAGUAUAAUAGUAACUUGGUCCCGAGCAUCGACCAUUAUAUUUGCAAUGGUCGGUCAUACAAUUGCUGUUCAUAACGGAAAGGAGCAUUUACCUAUUUAUAUAACGGAGCGUAUGGUGGGUCACAAAUUGGGAGAAUUCGCGCCUACUCUGACUUUCCGGGGACACGCGAGAAACGAUAAUAGAUCUCGGCGAUAAUGAUAAUAUUAAUAUAGUUAAUGUAUUAAUGUAAUCAAAAGUUAAAUAAGUGCUCUCAUGAUUUAUUCUUAUUUUUAUUGGUGUGUGUGAGGUAAAACCCUAUGACUAUGAUAAAGAAGACCUCGGGUACAGAAAUACGAGCUUUAGCUCGACAUAUAGGUAUGUCUGCUCAAAAAGCACGAAGGGUAAUUGAUCAAAUUCGCGGUUGCUCCUAUGAGCAAACACUUAUGAUACUGGAACUCAUGCCUUAUCGAGCAUGUUACCCCAUUUUCAAAUUAGUUUAUUCCGCAGCAGCAAAUGCUAGUCACAAUAGGGGUUUGAAAGAAGCUGAUUUAUUUAUUAGUAAAGCCGAAGUCAACGAAGGUGUUAUCGUCAAAAGGUUAAAACCGCGAGCUCGGGGACGUAGUUACCCAAUAAAAAGACCCACCUGUCAUAUAACUAUUGUAUUGAGCGAAAGACCUAACUUCAAUUUAAAAAAUAUUUGAUUUUCAAAACAUGACUUUUAGUUUAGAAAGAGAAUAUUGGUAGGUAGAUAUGGGACAGAAAAUAAAUCCACUUGGUUUCAGACUUGGUACAACCCAAAGUCAUCGUUCCUUUUGGUUCGCACAACCAAAAAAUUAUUCCAAAGGUCUCCAGGAAGAUGAAAAAAUACGGGAUUGUAUCAAGAAUUAUGUACAAAAACAUAUGAGAAUAUCCUCAGGUUUUGAAGGAAUUGCACGUAUAGAUAUUAAAAAAAGAAUCGAUUUGAUCCAAGUCAUAAUUCAUAUUGGAUUCGCCAAUAUGUUAAUAGAGGGUCGAGCCCGAGGAAUCGAAGAAUUACAGACUAAUGUACAAAAAAGCUUUCAUUCUGUGAACCGAAGACUCAACAUUGCUAUCGCAAGAGUUGCAAGACCUUACGGGCAACCUAAUAUUCUUGCAGAAUAUAUCGCUCUGCAAUUAAAGAAUAGAGUUUCCUUUAGAAAGGCAAUGAAAAAAGCUAUUGAAUUAGCUGAACAAGCGGAUGCAAAGGGAAUUCAGGUACAAAUUGCAGGACGUCUCAAUGGAAACGAAAUUGCCCGCGUUGAAUGGAUUAGAGAAGGUAGGGUUCCCCUACAGACCAUUCGAGUGAAAAUUGAUUAUUGUUCCUAUCCAGUUCGAACUAUCUAUGGAGUAUUAGGGAUAAAAAUUUGGAUAUUUUUGGAUGAAGAGUAAUGGCUCCUUUUCUUGCGAUUCUAUUCAUGGAUACUUAUCCAUGGACAGGGCAAAAAACUCAAUUUAGUUUAGGUCUUUUUCCGUUUAGUCAAAACGGAUCAAUUAUAUAUGUUUGAAUAACAAUUCGAUUUACCACUUUGAUAUGAUAGAAUUGCUAUGCUUAGUGUGUGACUCGUUGGGACUAAAAGAAAGAAUUGGACCCUACCUAAUAUAAAUAUAAAUUAAUAACCAGCUCAUUGCUUCGUAUUCUCAAGAUCCAAGGAAUCGGUCAUUAUAUGAGAUAAUAAUCAUAUAUUUGUAGCAACUGAAAUCCUUUUUCAAUAAAGUAAAAAUGAAUCUUGAUUGAUUGUGUAAGUUGUGAAACCAAAAUAGAGGGAUGCGGAUGAAUGGAAGGAUGAGAGAAAGAGAGAAGGGGAAAAGAAAUGAUAUAUUAUUCCAAUAUGUAUGGUCUAUGAAUCAUCUUAGAAAGGGCAAUGUGAUAAGGCAUCAUAUACUAUAAUAUAAUUCAAUUCAUCUAUAAUUGAGAUAGAUUUCAAAAAAUAAAGAGCAUUGAGUCGAUAGAGACUGAGGAGAUUGACUCAGGGACAGAUUAAAUUAGAAGCUCCAUUGCAGAAUUCAGACCUCGACAUUAAUGGAGGAGAAGCUAUGGGAACGACGGAACCUGUGACUGCGGAGGAUUCGAUUGAAAACGAAUCCUAAUGAUUCACUGGACGGGAUGGCGGAACGCGCCGGGAACGAACUGAUUUCUUCGAAGAGGUUAUGGAGCGACCCUACGAAUAAAGCAGAUAAAUAUAAAAGAGUAAAUAUUCGCCCGCGAAAUUUCAUCCAUUAAAUAAUCCUAAUAUUAUUUAUUGUUUAUUUAUCGUUUCAUUCGCGAGGAGCUGGAUGAGAAGAAACUCUCAUGUCCGGUUCUGUAGUAGAGAUGGAAUUGAGACACUACCAUCAACUAUAACCCCAAAAGAACCAGGUUUCGUAAACAACAUAGAGGAAGAAUGAAAGGAGUAUCUUAUCGGGGCAAUCGUAUUUGUUUCGGUAAAUAUGCGCUUCAGGCACUUGAACCCGCUUGGAUCACAUCUAGACAAAUAGAAGCAGGGCGCCGCGCAAUGACACGAUAUGCCCGUCGUGGCGGAAAAAUAUGGGUACGUAUAUUCCCCGACAAACCCGUUACACUAAGACCCGCGGAAACACGUAUGGGUUCGGGGAAGGGAUCUCCUGAAUAUUGGGUAUCCGUCGUUAAACCGGAUCGAAUACUUUAUGAAAUGGGCGGAGUAUCAGAAACCGUAGCCAGAGCCGCUAUGGAAAUAGCGGCGCGCAAAAUGCCUAUACGAACAAAAUUCGUUAUUGCGGAAUAGGGAUAUCGGACCAAAGGGAUAUUUAUGAAUGAUGAAAAAUAUAAUCUAUAAUCGCUGGUUUACUUAUUUCUGGACAGAAAAUUUUCUUUUCCCCCUCGCCUCUUGCAUUGAAAGAACUCAAAUAAAAGAAAGAUGAUUCAACCUCAGACCUUUUUGAAUGUAGCGGACAACAGCGGAGCUCGAAAAUUGAUGUGUAUUCGAAUCAUAGGAGCUAGUAAUUACCGAUAUGCUCAUAUCGGUGACGUUAUUGUUGCUGUAAUCAAAGAAGCAGUGCCAAAUAUGCCCCUGGAAAGAUCAGAAGUAAUCAGAGCUGUAAUUGUACGUACAUGUAAAGAACUCAAGCGCGACAACGGUAUGAUAAUCCGGUAUGAUGACAAUGCAGCAGUUGUCAUUGAUCAAGAAGGAAAUCCAAAAGGCACCCGAGUUUUUGGUUCGAUUGCUCGUGAAUUGAGACAGUUAAAUUUCACUAAGAUAGUCUCAUUAGCUCCCGAAGUAUUAUAAAUAAUGAACGCUAGUAGACGAGACAAUGGGUAGUAGGGUCUUUGAAAUGGAUAAAUUAGUAGAUUAUGUCUCAGGCAUAUACCUUUAAUGAAAAAUAAAAAAAGAAACAUGUUGAUUAUAUCAAAGCAAAAAAAAAAUGAUAGUUCGUCAUGGGUAGAGACACUAUUGCCGAUAUAAUAACUUAUAUAAGAAAUGCUGACAUGGAUAAAAAAGGAACAGUUCGAAUACCAUCCACUAAUAUUACCGAAAACAUUGUGAAAAUACUUCUACGAGAGGGUUUUAUCGAAAAUGUUAGGAAGCACCGGGAAAACAACAAGGAUUUCUUGGUUUUAACCCUACGACAUAGAAGAAAUAGGAAAAGAGCACAUAGAAAUAUUUUAAAGCGUAUCAGCAGACCAGGUCUGCGAAUCUAUUCCAACUCUCAACGAAUUCCUAGGAUUUCAGGCGGGAUAGGGGUUGUAAUUCUUUCUACUUCUAGGGGUAUAAUGACAGAUCGAGAAGCUCGACUAGAAAGAAUUGGAGGAGAAAUUUUGUUUUAUAUAUGGUGAGGUGAUCCAUCUGGUAUACGAAUUUGAUACGUAACUUCCUAUUUAUGAAAAAGAGAGUAGAGGUGGGUUGUCUAAUGUCACUCCUCCUACAUUAGUUAAUACUUCAAGGAGGUUACCUGGAAUGAAAGAACAAAAAUUGAUCCAUGAAGGUUUAAUUACUGAAUCACUUCCCAAUGGCAUGUUCUGGGUUCGCUUAGAUAACGAAGACCUGGUUCUAGGUUAUGUUUCAGGGCGGAUACGACGUAGUUUUAUACGAAUACUACCAGGAGAUAGAGUAAAAAUAGAAGUCAGCCGUUAUGAUUCAACAAGGGGACGUAUAAUUUAUAGACUUCGCAAUAAAGAUUCAAACGAUUAGGUAUUUAAAUUUUCAUGGGGAUAAAUUUUAAGGCUCAAACACUAACUUAAGGUGAAUUAAAGAAAAGAGACUUAUUUUCUUUCAAAGAGUAGAUUCGGAAUUAAGGAACAACAAAUAUGAAAAUAAGAGCUUCUGUUCGUAAGAUUUGUGAAAAAUGUCGACUGAUCCGUAGGCGAGGACGAAUUAUAGUAAUUUGUUCUAAUCCGAAACAUAAACAGAGACAGGGAUAAUAUUUAUAAAAAAAAAAGAACUUCACUUUCUAAGAGACCUAAUGUACAAAUAAAUAAAGAAUUUGUUUUCACAUGAAAUGGAUAUAUCCGUAUAUCUCUGACUCAUAUUUAUGAGAUGGCAAAUAGAAUAUGACAAAACCUAUACCAAGAAUUGGUUCACGUAGAAAUAGCCGUAUUAGUUCACGUAAGAGUGGGUGUAGAACACCAAUAGGAGUUAUUCAUGUUCAAGCGAGUUUCAACAAUACUAUUGUUACUGUUACAGACCCACAAGGUCGGGUCGUUUCUUGGUCUUCUGCGGGUACCUGUGGAUUCAAGGGCACAAGAAGGGGUACCCCAUUUGCUGCUCAAACCGCAGCAGGAAAUGCUAUUCGUGCGGUAGUAGACCAGGGUAUGCAACGAGCAGAAGUCAUGAUAAAGGGUCCCGGUCUCGGGAGAGAUGCAGCAUUACGAGCGAUUCGUAGAAGUGGUAUACUAUUAAAUUUUGUACGUGACGUAACCCCUAUGCCGCAUAAUGGAUGUAGACCGCCAAAAAAAAGGCGCGUUUAGAAAUAAAAAUGGAAAAGAUUCCAAUCCAAGAGAAAUAAAUAAUUAAAUGAUCUCAUCAAAUAAUAUUAUAUUAGUAUGGUUCGGGAGGAAGUACCAGUAUCCACUCGGACGCUACAGUGGAAGUGUGUUGAAUCAAGAGCAGACAGCAAACGCCUUUAUUAUGGUCGUUUCGUUUUAUCCCCACUUAUGAAGGGUCAAGCCGAUACAAUCGGUAUCGCGAUGCGAAGGGCUUUACUUGGAGAACUAGAAGGAACAUGUAUUACGCGCGCAAAAUCUGAUAAGGUACCACAUGAAUAUUCUACGAUAGUAGGUAUUGAAGAAUCAGUCCAUGAAAUUUUAAUGAAUUUGAAAAAAAUUGUAUUUAGAAGUGAUCUGUACGGAACUCUCGACGCAUCUAUCUAUGUCAGGGGCCCUAGACACGUAACUGCUCAAGAUAUCAUCUCACCACCUUCUGUAGAAAUAGUUGAUACUACACAGCAUAUAGCUGUCCUAACGGAACCGGUUGAUUUGUGCAUUGAAUUAAAAAUUGAGAGGGGUCGUGGAUAUUGUACGAGAACCCCAAAUAACUAUCAAGACGGAAGCUAUCCUAUAGAUGCUGUAUCCAUGCCUGUUCGAAAUGCGAAUCAUAGUAUUCAUUCUUAUGGGAAUGGGAAUGAGAAACAAGAGAUACUUUUUCUUGAAAUAUGGACGAAUGGAAGUUUAACUCCUAAGGAAGCGCUUUAUGAAGCUUCUCGUAAUUUGAUCGAUUUAUUUAUUCCUUUUUUACAUGCGGAGGAACAGGACAUAAAUAGAAAUAUGGAGGACAAUCAAAAAAGGGCUAGUGUGCCCUUUUUUACCUUUGAUGAUGGAUUGGAUAAUAUGAAAAGAGAAAUCAUAUUGAAACGUAUUUUUAUUGAUCAAUUAGAAUUGCCUCCUAGGACUUAUAACUGUCUCAAAAGGUCUAAUAUACAUACAUUGCUGGACCUUUUGAGUAAAAGUCAAGAAGAUCUUAUGAGAAUUGAGCAUUUUCGCGUAGAAGACGUAAAACAAAUAUUCGACAUUCUACAGAAGGGUUUCACAAUCGACUUGCUUAAAAAUUCAACUCAGUUUGAAUCCCGUUGAAAUUUUUUUUUCAUUUCGAAUGAAAGCACGAAAUGAAAAAAUUAUAAAUGAAAGACUAUUUAUUAACUAGAAAAUAAUGAAAUAAAAUUUCUAUUAUUUUCUUAUCUUUAUCUUAUUUCUUAUUUUUUAUAACUAAACUAACUAUAAAAUUAUACUAUAAUUAUUCUUCCUAUAUAUUACAAAUUAUUAUUCAAUUCGAAUUGAAUAAUAAUUUGUAAUAUAUAAUCAAUAUACACACUAAAAUAUACACACUAACGAAAAAAGAAGAAACAAAAACAAAGUCUGUUUUGAAUCUUCAGCAUAGUCUGUAUUCGUGGAUUCUUCAGAAUAGAUCUAUAAUCAAAUGAAAGAGAUGUAUCUAGGAGGAUAAACUUUGAAGUAUGCCUAACUAGAUACAUACGUAAUAUCCCGCCUUACCUUAGUAUUUCAAGAUCUAUUUUAAUUUGAAAAAGACCUAAAGUUAGAGACUUAUCAAUAGGUAAUGUUGCUCCAAUACCUAACCAAAGGGCUACUGCCGUACCAAUCAAAAAGACUGUUGUAGCUACUGGGCGACGGAAUGGAUUUUGGAAUUUAUUAACAUUUUCCAAAAAGGGUACUGUCAAUAAUCCCGCUGGUACCGAAACCAUUAAAAGAACACCCAAUAACUUAUUGGGUACUGUACGGAGUAUUUGAAAUACGGGAAAGAAGUACCAUUCGGGUAAUAUUUCCAAAGGAGUUGCAAAUGGAUCUGCCGGUUCACCAAUCAUUGAUGGCUCUAGAACCGCUAGACCUACGUUACAUGCAAUAGUACCUAGAAUUACUACGGGAAAAAUAUAUAAAAGAUCAUUAGGCCAUGCCGGUUCCCCAUAAUAAUUAUGUCCCAUCCCCUUAGCCAAUUUUGCUCUUAAUACAGGAUCAUUCAAGUCGGGUUUCUUUGUUAUUGGGAUAGGUGAAUUCUUAUGGAUCCAU